AUGUGUCAAAGUAAGUAUGAUCACUCUGUGUUCUACCAGAGCACAAGCACUGGCAUAAUUCUAUUGGUUGUGUAUGUAGAUGAUAUUGUUAUUACAGGGAGCAAUAUGUCGGGGAUCUCUUCACUUAAGUCCUUUCUUAAUUCUCAUUUUCAAACAAAAGAUUUGGGCCCGUUAAAGUACUUUCUCGGAAUUGAGGUCUUGAGAAGUAAGAAAGGAAUCUUAUUGACUCAAAGGAAGUAUGUUCUUGAUCUGUUGAAGGAAACUGGAAAGUUAGGGGCUGCGCCAAACAGUUUUCCUAUGAUUUAUAAUCUACUCCUUGAUACCGAUGGAAGCAUACCAUCUGAGAAUCCCGUUGAUACUGCUAAGAGCAAGCCAUUUGAGAACCCGGAGAGACAGUGGGAAGCUUUAAAGCAUGUGCUUCAUUACUUGAAGGGGUCUCCAAGUUGUGGGAUAUUAUACAGAAAUCAUGGUCAUACAGAUAUUGAGUGCUUUUGUGAUGCUGAUCAUGGUGGUUCAAAGGCCACAAGAAGAUCUACUACAGAAUAUUGUGUCUUUGUGGGAGGAAAUUUGGUGUCCAGGAGGAUCAAGAAGCAGAACAUGGUGUCACAAUCAAGUGCAGAUGCAGAAUAUAGAGCUAUGGCACAAUUGUGUGCAAGAUCAUCUGGUUUGGAUAGGUACUGCCCUGAUGGUACUGGGACCCACCUCGUUAGGAUGUGGCUGAGGUCUUGUGGUGCUCUGGGCAUCCCCUUUCUCUAA